AUAAUAUCAGUGUAAUUGUGCAAUCGUCUAAGAUAACCCGUAAGAGGGUCGAAUCUUACGAUACGAUCCCAUAUAAGUUAUCAAAACACAUUUAAGUUGGAUAUCUAGCUUCACGGUAGUGUUUACAAACUGACAACGAAAGCUAUCGAUCGGUGAGAUUCGUUCCCGUGCGGAAAGUUGUUCCUACAAGGGCCACCGGUCGCUACAAAGCAGCAAAGAGCAUGUCGCCGGUGAAAAUGAUAAGGGGCGCCAGUCGUGUGUGGAGCGGCAGUACGGCGCGGUCGGUUCGAGCAGCUGCGGACGAGCUCGUGUUAGUGUCGCGGAUCUCCAACGGUAUAACUCGCCUGCAGCGCACCAUGGCUACCAAAGUCAUCACACCCGAGAACUUGAAUCCCAAUCUUGUAAAGUUAGAAUAUGCCGUCCGUGGUCCUCUCGUCAUCCGUGCUACGGAAAUUGAGAAAGAACUCCAGAAGGGCGCGCAGAAGCCGUUCAAGCAGGUGAUCAAGGCGAAUAUCGGCGACGCGCAUGCCAUGGGCCAAGUGCCCAUCACCUUCAUCCGUCAGGUGCUAGCAUGCGUGGCAUUGCCGGAGCUGAUAAAGACGGGCGACUUCCCUGAAGACGUAAAGAAGAGGGCCGAGGACAUCCUCGACGGCUGCGGCGGCCGGUCGGUGGGCUCGUACUCGGCGUCGCACGGCAUCGAGCUGAUCCGCCGCCACGUGGCGGAGUACAUCGCGCGCCGCGACGGACACCCGUGCGACUGGAACAACGUGUGCCUCUCGGGCGGCGCCUCCGCCGGCAUCAAGAACUGCCUGCAGAUGUUCGUCAACCGCGUCGACGGGAAGCCCUCCGCCGUGAUGAUCCCGAUCCCGCAGUAUCCCCUGUACACGGCUUCGCUGGCGGAGUACGGGCUCGAGGCGGUGGGGUACUUCCUCGACGAGGAGACGAACUGGGGCCUCGACGUCCAGGAGCUGCAGCGCGCCUACGAAAAGGGCUCUGAGAACAGCAGCGUGCGCGCCAUCGUCGUCAUCAACCCCGGGAACCCCACCGGACAGGUGCUGACCCGGCAGAACAUCGAGGAGCUCAUCGCGUUCGCGCACAAGCACCGCCUGUUCAUCUUCGCCGACGAGGUGUACCAGGACAACGUGUACGACGCGAAGUCCGAGUUCAUAUCGUUCAAGAAGGUGCUGACGGAGAUGGGCGCGCCCUUCUCGGGCAUGGAGCUGGCGUCGUUCAUGUCCGUCAGCAAGGGCUACAUGGGCGAGUGCGGGCUGCGCGGCGGCUGGAUGGAGCUGCUGAACCUGCAGCCCACCGUGCAGGCGCACCUGUACAAGACCAUCAGCGCUAUGCUGUGCCCGUCGGUGCUGGGGCAGGUCGCCGUGGACUGCGUGGCGAAGCCGCCGGCGCCGGGCGAGCCGUCGCACGAGCGCUGGCUGCGCGAGAAGGCGGGCGUGCUGCGGGCGCUGCGCGAGCGCGCCGCCAUGGUCGUGGACGCCUUCAACUCCAUGCCCGGCUUCGCGUGCCGGCCCGUGCAGGGCGCCAUGUACGCCUUCCCGCGCCUGGCGCUGCCGCCGCGCGCCGCGCAGGCCGCCGCGCGCGCGCAGCAGGCGCCCGACGUCUUCUACGCCUUCCGCCUGCUCGAGGAGACCGGCAUCUGCAUCGUGCCGGGCUCCGGCUUCGGCCAGCGGCCGGGCACCUACCACUUCCGCACGACCAUCCUGCCGCAGCGGGACGUGCUGCGGACCAUGCUGGACGCCUUCAAGAAGUUCCACGAGGAGUUCACCCGGGAGUUCUCGUAGACGCCCGAGCGCGCCUCGAUCGAACCGAGUCUAUUAUUCCGUAAAUGUUUUUAUUCAUUAGUCGCCGCGCCCUCGCCGCGAACGUUGUUGAGGGUAAAUGUAGAUCGAAACUAGUCGUAGUGCGACCGCGUGCGACGUUCGUCCGCCGUGGCCGCGGGGGCGGCGGCGACGGCUCGGUCGAACGUCUCGCCGUUGUUCAGAAUUUGUAGACGCGAGGGCGAGGGUCGGCGGGCCGUUUAUUUAGUAGUUAGAGCGGAAUGUGAUUUGCAAAGAAUUUUAUUUGCGAGUAUAUAAUACUCGUCGGUCGAUACUGUUUAUCGUAAUUACGUUAUCUCGAAAAUUCGAAAAUUUGUUUUUUCUACUGUUAUUAUUGUGUAUUUAUCGUUUUAUGAAAACGUUGCCCUUGUACACUUUACUAGACUAGGUGAAAAUGAAGUUGCAUUUAGGUGUUGACAUUUUGUGACCGCGGCCGGCGUGGCGGAGGAGACUCGGCCGGAUCGGACCUCCAGUCUCGGCCGUGCCGCGGCGGACUUAUCUGUUCCACAUUUAUGUUCGCACAGAUUGUUUUUACCCGCUUUGAAUUCUGUACAUUGGCGUUAUUAUUAAGUCGCCCGGACCGUUUCUUCGUAGGUUUUAUUGUUUCAAGUAUACACCCACUAAUUUACACGUGCAUUUUGUGCGGGGAUAAUAACGCAGCUCUAGCAAUAAGUUAACGUUCGUUUUGUAUAUCACCGCUUAGCUAGAAAAUGAAAUGCUGGAAAAUAAAUAAUCAUGGGGCGAAUGGAUAAGGGCGGUUGUAUUGUAGACAUUCCCGUUACUUUUUUGAUCGAUAUGACAGCCAAGUUGUUGUUACGUGUUGUUAA